AUGUCUACCUCCUUCGAUCUUCGGAACCCCGGACGCCCGAUCCAUGUCGGCGUUGUCUUGUUGAAUACCGUGACUGAACACCUCGACAUCGCCCCUGUUGGCUUCUUCCAUAACUUCAGCACCUCCUUCAUCAAGAACCUCCCACCCUUCGCCAUCUCCGACGACCUCAGAUCCGAAGCCCUAGACUUCGUCACCCACUGGGUCACAGAAGAUGGCACGACCCCAGGCUCCCUAAGCGGAAACCUCAAAGUCAUCCCCACGGACUCCUUCGCCACCUGCCCACCCCUCGACAUCGUGCUCAUCGGCGCCGGCCAAAUGGGCUACCAAGCCACCACCACCGAGAAGGAUUUCCUCCGGAAGUGCUACGCCGAAUGUUCCGCGUUCUUGUCUGUUUGCGGUGCGUCGGACGCCCUCCUAGCCACCGGGAUCUUGGAAGGCAAGACGGCGACAGGUCCACUUUCGUUUCUGCCAUUGUUUCGUGAGAUAGCGCCGGGCACCAACUGGGUGGAGAAGAGAUGGGUGAGGGAUGGGAAGAUGUGGACUACGGGGACGUUGUUGAACGGCCUGGAUAUGAUUGCUGCGUUCGGGAGGGAGGUUUGGGGUGGAGAGGGAUCUUUGGUGGAACAUGUCCUUCGGACAGGUUUAUGUGUCCACGUCCGCGGAGCUCCAAAGCCUGCGAUGCAUGUAGAACGCGCAAAAUCAGGUGUAUACCCAACGAGAAAGGCGGCGGGACCGACGCCUCUAACCGCGGACACAAGUGCAAACCGAUCCAAUGAUCGAGUUGUGAAGGCUUCUACACACCAUGGCGAUGAUGUUGUCUCAGGACUAUUUCGAAGCCAGCCGAAAGCAGAAAAAGACGAGGUAAUGCAGCUGCGCCAACUGCAUCGCGGUAUAUUGCAAGGCCGGAGUCUCGGCGAAGGAGAUCCUCGUACCCUGAUAGAUACCCAAUCCAGCGUCGGUGAUACCGUGGACUGUAAUUCCAGGUCCAGCAAGAUCAACUUGAAUAUGGAUGAGGCCGAACAGCUACUACUGCAGUUCAGACAGCAAAGGGCAUACUUCCCGUUCAUCGAAGUGCCCGAGGGGAUCACCGCGGUGUCAAUGGCAUCAAGACAACCUUUCUUAUUGCUGGCUAUUCUGACUGUAUCCUUGACGCGGAAGCCGCUUCUGCAGAAGAGGUUGGAUGAACGAUUCCGUCGUGUGCUAAGUGAAAGGGUUAUAUUCUAUGGGGAAAAGAGCAUGGAUUAUGUUCAAGGUCUACUGGUUUAUAUGGCGUGGCGUCCGUUACAUAUCCGACCGCUCAGUCGCCAGAGCUCGCAGUUCAUACAGAUACUUGUGACUAUGUUAUCUGACUUGAAGCUUACGGAAAAUAUGCACGAUCAGGCUGCUCGAGACAUCUGCCUUGGGUGUUUUAGUCUUUCAUCUCUGUUAUCCGUUGGCUUCCGCCGCCGUGGUGAUGACGUCGCCUAUAAGUAUCUCAAAGAAGCAGUGAAUUCCAAUCAGCGAUUAAAUCAACCGUAUGAUGAACAGUUUCAACUCUCAAAACUUCAUGUCCUGUUCGAGGAGAUAAUGCGCUGCCAAAUGGAAUGUAGCCCUCUGAAAUGCCCAAUCACCAAACAACAGAGAUUCGAAGAGAAAAUGGAAUCUCUCCGCCUAGAACUACAGAUAUUUGAACGAGUACAUGGUCCCAGCACCAAUACUAACAUACACAUUGUCCCUGUACAUCUUCUACUAUUAUCACUCAAAGUGCAUAUCGCACUUCUACCUUUCCGAAUUCUUGAUCCUAGACCGAGCAGCAUAACUAAUCUCGACCGCUUCGUCGACCAAGGUACCUCCUGCGCCACUGAAAUCCGGUCUUUUUUCGAAUACUUCCUUUCCAUCCCACAGGGUCGAUACCUAUCAUUCUCGGUUCGGGAUUGGUGCCAAUUAAUCCUCACCAUCAGCGCAGCCUCCGACAUCUGUUUCCUAUCUUUUGCUUCUAUGAGCCCUAUAUGGACCGACUUCCAAAUCAAUACACGAUCAGGCAUGUUAAUCUAUCUCGAGAGUCUUUCUCAUCGAAUGUCGAGACUUUCCGUCACCAAGGCUGGAGAGACCCCUGAUGUAUAUUAUAUGUUCAAGUCGGUGUUGGAUAUUGUGCUGUCCACAUAUACUCCGACCAGCGGGGACUCUUCAUCCCUAACGUCAACAAGCAGUAGGGAGAACGCUUGUUUGAGAGAGGAACCUGGCCAGGAUGUGGCUGCUACUUCGUCCACACCUUCGACCCGCUGCCCCAUGGUGAACGGGAGUAUCCGAGAGUCAGAAUUCUGGGAGGCCAUGAAACAGAGUGAUCUGUACCUGGACGGGUUGGCGAGCGGGGUGAACGGUGAGGAUGUGUACACAUCGGGAGUAGGUAAUUUGCUCGCUGAUUGUGGGGAUUGGCCGAGCAUCUUUUCAGAAUGGGUCAACGUGUCAGUAACUUGA